ACCGUAGCUAUUGUGGGAGAUUAAGGACCCUUUGAUCAAAACCAGAAUGGACGACAAAAUCAGAGUGGACGACAGACAGGCAGAGCUAUUUCAGUUCGCUUUAGUAGGUUGCAAAAAUUAUUCAAGGGCGUGAUUUAACUUUGAGAACUUUUAAAGGUAGAGUAGUAUAGGAUCUAUAACAACCGAAACACAGCCUACACGUUCCGGCAACCUGGAAUAUGAGACGAAGUUUCUGCCAAUGACGUGAAAGUAACAUUUAUGGAACACCUGAUAUGUGCGAAGUCAUCUUUCAGACAAGAGCCCAUAUGACAGGAUUGGACAUUGAGAAGGAUCAGAUUAUCGAGAUGGCCUGUCUGAUAACUGACUCUGAUCUUAACAUUUUGGCUGAAGGUCCCAACCUGAUUAUCAAACAGCCGGAUGAGUUGCUGGACAGCAUGUCAGAUUGGUGCAAGGAGCAUCAUGGGAAGUCUGGUCUUACCAAGGCAGUGAAGGAGAGUACAAUUACAUUGCAGCAGGCAGAGUAUGAAUUUCUGUCCUUUGUACGACAGCAGACUCCUCCGGGGCUCUGUCCACUUGCAGGGAAUUCAGUUCAUGCAGAUAAGAAGUUUCUUGACAAAUACAUGCCCCAGUUCAUGAAACAUCUUCAUUAUAGGAUAAUUGAUGUGAGCACUGUUAAAGAACUAUGCAGACGCUGGUAUCCAGAGGAUUAUGAAUUUGCACCGAAGAAGGCUGCUUCUCACAGGGCACUCGAUGAUAUUAGCGAAAGCAUCAAAGAGCUUCAGUUUUACCGAAAUAACAUCUUCAAGAAAAAGACAGACGAGAAGAAGAGGAAAAUUAUAGAAAAUGGGGAAAAUGAGAAGACUGUGAGUUGAUGCCAGUUUUCAAGCUGCACAGCUGCCUAGUUCUCCAGAAGUCACUUUAGUGUCUCUUCCCUGCUGAUAACUCAGCAGAACACCUUUUCUAAAGAAAAAAAAUUUUUUCCAGUUAACUUUCCAUCUCCAGACUCCUCAAGCAGACAAGACAUCACUGUCUGUUUCUUCUAACCUGCUGUUUGCAUUAUGACACAGCAGCAACUCCUCUGUAAGCUUCAGGCCACGCCCACCCCCUCAGUCCAUAUCUGCACUUGCUUAUAGGCCAUUCCUUUUGUUUGAAAAUAAAUAAUAAAUAAAGCUAGUUCUAUUGAAAUGCAA